AUGGAUGUUGCUUCCUGUUUUGUCAAGACCGUGGUUGCAUUUACGAUAGUUGGUGUUGAGCACUUUGACAUACUUAACGAUCUCCCAGGUUUCCGUGGAGAUCGUGGUGGAAGUGGUGGUGGAUUCAGAGGUGGAGACAGAGGAGGUGGCUUCCGUGGAAGAGGUGGAGAUCGCGGUGGAGUGUUCAUUGUCAAAGGCAAGGAAGACGCUCUAGCCACAAAGAAUAUGGUCGUCGGAGAGUCUGUUUAUGGAGAAAAAAGGGUGUCUGUAGAGGAAGGAACCGAAAAAAUUGAAUACCGAGUGUGGAAUCCUUUCCGCUCAAAGUUGGCUGCUGCAAUGAUGGCUGGCUUGGAGAACGUACAUGUGAAACCGGGUACAAAGCUGCUUUACUUGGGUGCCGCAUCUGGCACCACCGUGUCACAUUGCUCGGAUAUCGUUGGUCCGGAAGGUAUUGUAUACGCCGUUGAGUUUUCUCACCGAUCUGGUCGUGAUUUACUAAAUGUUGCUAAGAAGAGGCCUAAUAUUGUACCUAUCGUUGAAGAUGCUCGUCACCCGCAUAAGUACCGCAUGCUAGUUGGCAUGGUGGAUACAAUCUUUUCUGAUGUCGCACAACCGGAUCAAGCCCGUAUCGUAGCUUUGAAUGCACAUAAUUUCUUGAAAAAUGGUGGACAUGCGGUGAUUUCUAUCAAAGCCAACUGUAUCGACAGUACCGCGGAACCAGAGGCAGUAUUCGCGGGUGAAGUGAACAAGUUGAAGGAGGAAAAGUUCAAGCCAAGAGAGCAGGGUAUAAUGACGAGGCAAGAGCCUAUUCAAGCUGUCCAGACUUUCGGCCGUAAGAAGACUGCCACCGCAAUUGCUCAUUGCAAAAAAGGACGAGGUCUUGUCAAGGUGAAUGGCCGCCCGCUAGAGCACCUUGAACCUCAAAUCCUCCGCAUGAAGCUUCAGGAGCCCCUUCUCGUUGUCGGUAAAGAGCGCUUCCAGGAUGUUGACAUCAGAAUCCGUGUGAGCGGUGGAGGUCACGUCGCGCAGAUCUAUGCAGUACGGCAAGCUCUCGCUAAAGCUCUGGUGGCAUACUAUCACAAGUAUGUUGAUGAGCAGAGUAAGAAAGAACUGAAGGAUCAAUUUUUCGCAUACGAUAAGUCUCUUCUUGUUGCUGAUCCUCGUCGCACUGAAGCCAAGAAGUUUGGAGGACCGGGAGCUCGCGCUCGCUACCAGAAAUCCUACCGUUAA